CAAAAACCUAACCUGAUAGGUAGAGAGAAAACUUGGACGCUCCCCUCCCCCGAAUCUCGAUCUGAGUUUGCCUUUGCCUAUAAUCUCAAUCAUCCUUCCUCCUUCAAUCCCUAACUUAAUUGCGGCAUAGGUUAUUUGAGAUUAGGACUCACCCGGAUCGAAUCAUCCGCCAUGUCUGCCGUAUAUUGCGGAAGUAAGAGAUCGUACUUCGACGAUACUCCUUCUCCUCCUCCCUCUUCGAAGCGGUUCCGAUGCUAUUCCCCUUCCAAUUCUCCGAGCUGGUCCUCCUCUCCUCCCUCAUCGCUCGAUCAGCUUCGCGCUGCCUUUCCUCAUCUUGAACUCACCAUUCGGAAGUUUCAGGUUCUUGUGGAGGCGUUGGAAGAACAUGGGAGUGAUUUGAAUGCUGCUAUGAAAAGCUUGUACGCUUUGGUAUCUGCUGAGGAGGAGAAGAGAGCUCAAGAAUUGGCCGCUAAUAAGGAGGCUGAUGCUGCUGGAACUUUUACAGCGAGUGGUGAUGACUGGGUUGCGUUGUUAGUGAGGGAAGUGACGCAAUCUGCUGGUCCAGAUGAUGCGAAGUUCCGUGCUGAAAGAGUCUUGGAGGCGUUAGAGAAGACGUUAAGCGCGCGUGCUCACGAAGAAGCCGGUAAAAAAUUCCAAGAGGAGAGUGUGGCAGUGCAGCAACAAGUGGAAGCCUUGAUGAAGGACAACACAGUGCUGAAACGUGCUGUUGCUAUCCAGCAUGAGCGGCAGAAGGCGUUAGAAGAUGCGAACCAGCAGCUAGAGUUUUUUAAGCAGCUGAUUCCUCAGUACCAGGAGAAGGUCAGAAAUUUGGAGGUGAAUAACUACGCAUUGAAAUUGCAACUGGAGCAAAUGGAACACGGCAACUAUAUGAUGCCGCAAAGAUUCAAUCCGGAUGUCUUCUAAUGAGAAACAAGUAGGGCAGUUGGGGGAGGAGAAGGACUAUCAAUAUAAACGCAACAAGUAGAGGAGAGAUGAUCAACAGAAGAGAAAUGCUGUUGCAUUGUAUUUGCUGUGUAGAGUCCCCAAGUCAAGUCAGAAAAACAAAAUGUUUCCUUUCCUUGUCUUUUUUUUUUUAUUUAUACUUUGGUGAUAUGCUUGUCUAAUCCUGAGGGAAUAUCAAGAAUUUGUGUGGGUAUAGGGCUGGUAUAAGUAAACUUUGGUUCCGAAUUUUUUUUGCUGGUCUCUCUA